AUGCCAAGAAAAAGAAAGCUGUUGGCUCAAUUAAGUGCUCUCCAAAGCAACUCCAGCUUGCCUCCUUUUGAUGCCUUGAAGAACCUCAAUGCUACACCUGAUGGGGAGUCUUCUCCAAAAAGCAGCAAAUAUUUUGUGACAGAGAAAAAAAAUUCUUCCCAGCUAGAAGCAGAUUUUUUCAACCAGCCCUGUAUUAGCCUGGCCAGGUCCUUUCUGGGACAGAUUUUAGUUCGCAAACUUCCUGAUGGCAGAGAACUCUGGGGGAGGAUUGUUGAAACAGAAGCUUACCUGGGUGGGGAAGAUGAAGCUUCCCACUCAAAAGGUGGGAAGCAAACUCAACGAAAUGCAGCAAUGUUCAUGAAACCAGGAACUCUGUACGUGUAUCAGAUCUACGGGAUUUAUUUCUGUGUGAAUGUUUCCAGCCAAGGGGAUGGGGCUGCAGUCUUACUUCGCUCUUUGGAACCUCUCCAGGGUUUAGAAGCGAUGCGAGAGCUGCGCAGCGCCUCAAGGAAAGGCCCCACAAAGCCGCUGAAGGACUGGCAGCUGUGCAACGGGCCCUCCAAGCUCUGCCAAGCAUUUGGCAUCGAUAAAGCUUUUGACCAAAGGGACCUGACUCAAGAUGCAACCAUCUGGAUGGUACCUGGACAUGACCUACCAGGGGAGCAGGAUGUGGUAGCCACAACAAGGAUUGGUAUUGGCAACAGGGGAGAGUGGGCAGAGAAACCUCUCAGGUUUUAUUUACGAGGAAACAAAUUUGUAAGCGUUGUAGACAAGAAAAUGGAGAAAAAGAUGGCAGCAAUGGGAGACUUCUCUUGCAGCUGAUGAGUCUUGCAAAUGUGCCACCAGCCAGGACUUGAGCUGUGCUCUGUAUGAUGGCCCCAAGCUGUGGCAUGGCAGCAGCGAGGGCAGGCAGAGUGGCUUGGAGGUUUUUAACAAUAAA